AGCUCGUUGGCCAACUUCCCACCCCUUUCUUUGCGGCCAGGGGAGGCACACCCCGGGCUAAUGCGCAAGCGCCGUUCCUUCCCGCUCGCGGUGGCGGUCUCGUUACGCAUGCUCGGGUGGCGGAGGGAAACUGCACGCUGGAGAAGCAUUUAAAUCCUGGAGAUAGCAACUCGGCGUCAUGGCCAGCAGCCCCAAUGAGGAUGCAGAAGGAAGCAGAGUGCGUAAUAACCACUCACUUACGAUCACCUAUGUGAAAGGAGACCUUUUUGCAUGCCCCAAAACAGACUCUCUAGCCCACUGUAUCAGUGAGGACUGUCGCAUGGGCGCUGGGAUAGCUGUCCUCUUCAAGAAGAAAUUUGGAGGGGUGCAGGAACUGUUAAAUCAACAAAAGAAAUCUGGAGAAGUGGCUGUUCUGAAGAGAGAUGGGCGAUACAUAUAUUACUUGAUUACAAAGAAAAGGGCUUCACACAAGCCAACUUAUGAAAACUUACAGAAGAGUUUAGAGGCCAUGAAGUCCCAUUGUCUGAAGAAUGGAGUCACAGACCUCUCCAUGCCCAGGAUUGGGUGUGGUCUUGAUCGUCUGCAAUGGGAAAAUGUAUCCACAAUAAUUGAGGAGGUGUUUGAGGCAACAGACAUCAGAAUUACUGUGUACACACUCUGAACAGAUGAGCAUUUUGGAUGUGACCAUGUUUUCCUGUGUCAUUCCUACUGGGCCACAGGACUGGGCAAACUGACUUCAAAAAUGAUCAGAGGAAAGUUUCAUGUGAAAUUGUCUGUGUCACAGGCCAUGCUUGGGUUUCUGUAUUCCCAUGAUUGGACUGGGACUCCGAAGGAGGGAUUGCUUGGGAAAUGUUGCUGUGAUUUUUUUUCUUUUCUUUUCAGCAAGGUAGGUAAUAGCCUGAUAUUAGGCAGGGAACCAGGUGUUGGGCCCUAUGAUCCUUUUUGCCCCAGGAUGCUACCUAAUUUGUUUGGCUUGCCACUAGGUGGCAGCAUUGAUUCUACUUCUCUGCUGUUUCAGAGAAAUUUCAGGAAGAAUAACUUUCAGUUAAUUUUGCAUUUUUUGUCAUUUGUGCAUUGACGUUGUAUUAUCCGUAUGCCCUCAAAUUCAUCCUAGGAAAGAAUUUUGAGGUGCGUUUCUUUUGUUUAAAUUACAAAAAUGGAUUUUUACAUUGUUAACAAGGAAUUUGUGGGGGGAAAAGUGGGAAAAUAAAUAUCUUCUUGGGCUACA